AUGAGACACUUCAUUCCUGUGGGGAUAGCGGCUUGUCAGAUCGCCAGGGCCUGCGGAUUCAAAGUGCUAGGCACUGCCAGCACCCCUGAAGGGUUAAACCUGGUCUUACAGAAUGGAGCCCACAAGGUGUUCAACCACAGGGAGAAGGAUUACAUCGAGAAGAUCAAGGAGGCUGCAGGAAGAGAAGGGGUUAAUAUCAUCCUGGAGAUGUUGUCCAGUGUUAACCUCGACAAGGACCUGAAACUGAUAUCGACUGGCGGCCGAGUGAUUAUUAUUGGCAGCCGAGGUUCUAGUGAAAUAGACGGCAUGGACUCGAUGCGCAAGGAGUCCAGUAUCAUCGGAGUUUCAGUUUUUAACUCUACUAAGGACGAUGAGAAGGAGGCGGCAGCUGCGCUCUUCUGGGGAAUGGAGAGCGGGUGGCUAAGGCCAUUGAUUGGGCCGGAGUAUCCAUUGGAAAAAGCAGCUCAGGCCCAUGAAGACAUCAUCCAGAAGAGCGGCGCCACCGGCAAGAUGGUCCUUGUCAUGUAAGCCGCCCUCUGUGCGGGAUUUCAGAUUUGGAGGAUCACCUGGAGCUUUAUACUGCAGUUCUUUCUUGAUCACUGGUUGCUCCGAUGAGAAGAUGGGGCAGAAAAUACUUUAAAAAAAGCAUAAUUGCCAGCAUUAAAAGUUUUCAAACUUUUUAAAGGGGUGUCAUUUUUAUUACAUUUUCAUGUAAGACUGGAUACACAUUUUGCAGCCCUAGUGGCCUGGAGCUGCCUAUAUGUGAAAUCACAUACACAUGGUGUACAGGACCCAUAUUAAAGGGGAGAAGAUGAUGGGUCACCAGUUCCUUAAAGGGCCUCUGUACCUAUGACGCUGGCUGACCUGUUACAUGUGCGCUUGGCAGCUGAAGACGUCUGUGUCGGUCCCAUGUUCAUAUGUGCCCGCA